UAUCAGCUUCGUGAGCUGAAAGCCUGAAAUCGUGCGAUACUUUGGGUACGUCGAUCAGCUCAGCCGCAGAAGGACCGCAUGGACCUGCCCCAUCGCGUAGGAACACCACCAAUAAUGUGCAGCUUUGCCUGCAGAAACCCCAUCGGUCUAUAUCAAUUAUGUCAAUUAUUUGCAACGCUAGUCUGUAAACAAAAUUCUCCGAAUGUGCGGCUGGACUUGUCCGGGCGCCGGAAUGGGCAGGUGGGUAAACUGGAAGCAAUAUUUAUAGAGGCGAUCCUAUCCUGCACGGUCUGACGAUUGCUGUGGACAAAAAGCCUGUUCAUUUUUGAUUGUUCAUGAUGUUUCUGGGACGCCUUUCAUUAAUUAGCUUAGGAGCCUGGGCGGUCCGCCCCGUGGUGGGCUAUGUGUCGCAACCUAGGGAUCAGGAAGGAACCUGUAAGAAGACGACAGUUGCCAUUUUAGGGGCGGGAAUAUCAGGUAUUUCGGCUGCGCAAACGUUGUCGAAAGCGUCCGUGGAUGAUUUUCUUAUCCUGGAAUAUCGCGAUCGAAUUGGUGGUCGUGCUUGGCAUGAGAACUUUGGCCAGGACAAAGAUGGAAAUCCUUACGUGGUCGAAAUGGGUGCCAACUGGGUUCAAGGACUCGGAAAUCCAGGAGGUCCGGAAAAUCCGAUCUGGACCCUAGCCAAGGAAUUUGGCCUGCAGACGACAUACUCGAACUACAGCAAUGUCUCGACGUACAAUCAGGAUGGCUACAAGGACUACUCGCAUCUGUUGGAUGAGUUUGACGAAGCCUAUGAUAUUGCAAACCCGGCGGCUGGCCGGAUCCUUCUUGAAAACCUCCAGGACCAGACGGCGAAGGCCGGAUUGGCCUUGGCUGGAUGGAAGCCGAAGUCGCAUGACAUGGAGGCGCAGGCAGUCGACUGGUGGAGUUGGGAUUUCGAGGCGGCUUUCACGCCACUAGAAAGCUCGUUGGUAUUUGGUAUCGCCAGCACCAAUUUAACCUCGAAUCAGUUCAGCGACCACGACAACUUCGUCACCGACCAGCGGGGAUUUAACACGAUCAUCAAGGGCAUGGCCUCAAAGUUCCUGACUGAAGAUGACCCUCGCUUGCUUCUGAAUACAAUCGUUACGAAUAUCACGUACGGGCCCGAAGGCGUUACGGUCUACAGUAGCGAUGGGAACUGUGUCCAAGCUGCAUACGCCCUCUGCACAUUCUCCUUGGGCGUCCUGCAGAACGAUGCCGUCACUUUCACCCCGGAGCUGCCUGAGUGGAAGAGGACCGCAAUCCAGAUGUUCACCAUGGGCACCUAUACGAAGAUUUUCAUGCAGUUCAAUGAGACCUUCUGGCCUACGGACACCCAGUACUUCCUGUACGCGGACCCCACUACGCGCGGCUACUACCCACUCUUCCAGUCCCUAUCCAUGGACGGUUUCCACCCGGAAUCCAACAUCAUCUUCGUGACCGUUACCAACGAGUUUGCCUGGCGCGCGGAACGCCAGUCUGACGAGCAGACCAAGCAGGAAAUUCUCGAGGUCCUGCGUAAAAUGUUCCCGGAUGUGGAGGUUCCUGAACCGACGGCCUUCCUGUAUCCUCGCUGGAGCACGGAGCCGUGGUCCUAUGGUAGCUAUUCCAAUUGGCCCAUGGGCACGAGCCUGGAAAUGCAUGAGAAUCUGCGAGCCAACACCGACCGACUCUGGUUCUCAGGUGAAGCUACCAGCCCGUCCUACUUUGGUUUCUUGCAUGGGGCAUGGUUCGAAGGACGCGAUGCAGGAAGACGGAUUGCUGGGUUGCUGAACGGAUGCAAGGAAGGGAAUUCGACGACUUGUGUCCCCAGGAAGCACUAUGAGGUGCUUCAUGGUACCACGCCGCUGGCUGAUUAUAGCUCCGUCAAUGGGUGGGAGGUGAGUAGCUUUUAUGAUAGUAAUGAUGACUAGAUGCAUGUACAUACAUACGCCGCAUUGAAGCAAGACAUUGCUGAAAGGCGACAAUAUGAUCAGCUAAUUCUGAGGUUUUCAAUGUUUCUUACCAUUUCCAUGCGCGUGGUAUGAAACGAAUUAGAUGCAAAUAGACAGACAUGCCUGAGGCUGCCAUGUGCCUUGGCUUUAUGAAGUCACGACACUGUGCUCUAACUUCGAACCAGACCGUGUCUCAG